AACCUUACUACUCUCUCUAUCUCCCACUCUGUCUCUCUCUCUCCUAACCUAGACGCUACGCUCUAAUCGGUGUCUCCCCAGCUCUCUCCGUGCGGAAGAUUUCAAAGACUGAUCCCUCUGUUGGUUUUUCGCAGGAAGCACUGAAAUGGCUAAUGAAGAUGUAAAUGAACACGAGUCAACUGAUGCGCCUGAGAAUAUAGAUCCUCCACAGAAAGAAGGAUCUCAGAUUGAUUUGAAGGGAAGUGGAGAAAAAAAGUGGCCUGGAUGGCCUGGAGAGAAUGUAUUCAGGAUGUUGGUUCCUGUGCAGAAGGUUGGUGGCAUUAUUGGUCGCAAGGGAGAAUUCAUUAAGAAAAUCAUUGAGGAGACAAAGGCUCGGGUUAAAAUCCUGGAUGGUCCUCCUGGGACCUUUGAAAGAGCAGUGAUGGUUUCUGCUAAAGAAGAGCCGGAUCUCCAUCUUUCUCCUGCCAUGGAUGCUUUAUUAAGAGUUCAUAAACAACUUGUCGACUUAGACACUGACCCUGCUCAUGCUGUAUCUGGUGCCAUGGGCACUAUUACUACAAGGAUUCUAGUGGCAGAUAUUCAGGCAGGAAGCCUAAUUGGGAAGCAUGGCUCCACUAUAAAGUCUAUUCAAGAUGCUUCUAAUUGUACCAUCCGUGUUCUUGGUGCAGAAAAUCUGCCAACUUUUUCUCUGCAAGAUGAUAGUUUAGUUGAGAUACAAGGGGAACCCACUGGUGUGCACAAAGCAGUUGAAUUGAUUUUGAAUCAUCUCAGGAAGUUCUUGGUUGACCGCAGUAUUGUUGGGGUAUUUGAAACUCAAAUGCAAAUGCCAAAUGUCCGAGCAAAUCAGAAUGUUCCUCCACACCAAUCCUGGGGUCCACCUACUCAAGGUUUUCCAAUUAGUGACGGUGCUGGACCUGGUUUUGCUCCUAAUACUCAGUAUAUGCAGCAGCCUCCACGUCAUAAUGAAAAUUAUUACCAUCCUGCUGAAAUAACUCCUUUGGACAGUAAGCAUCGUCAGGGGCCUCCUAUGUAUGGAAGGGAUGCUUCUGUGGGGCUUCGUUCGUCAAUUGGGCAGCCACAACAACCAGUGGAUACGAAGGUUAUGCAACACAUGCAAAUUCCUCUAUUAUAUGCAGAUGCUGUAAUUGGUAAAUCUGGUGCGAAUAUAAGCUACAUACGUCGUGCAAGUGGGGCAAGUAUUGCAAUACAGGAAACAAGGGGUGUGCCUGGGGAGAUGACUGUUGAAAUAAAUGGAUCGGCUUCACAAAUACAAACAGCUCAACAGUUAAUUCAGAAUUUCAUUGCCGAAGCUGCAACCUCUACGCAGAACCCAACCGGGAGAUCAACCAACCAGGGUUAUAAUGCUUAUCCGGGGCAUGCUGCAUAUGCGUCUCCACAGUCCAACACUGGUGGACACACAGGCCAUGUUGCACCUGGCCCUGACUUCGAUUUGGCAUAUGGCAAUAGUUAUGGUUACUGAGAAGCCGGUGCGGUUUUUGUUGGUGUGUGUUCAGAGUUGGACACAUCAAUAUGUUCCUGAAUCUGAUGACAUUUUGUCUUCCAUUUCUUAAUACAUGAACCAAUGUGUUUGGCCUUUUUAGCUUCGGUCACAA